AUGGAAGAAUAUCGAAAAGAGAAAGAUAUAGGAAAAAGAUCAGGUGUAUAUACAAGACUCGCCGACAAUGAAUUGUUCUUUAUUAAAUCUAUUCCUUUCGUUGGUCUUGAUCAUCAAAAAAAGUCAGAAUUGGUCUCAAGAUAUAACCAAAUGCUUUCAAAGACUCAGACAAUGAAAACUAUUGCAAGAUUUCAUAAUCCUAUAGUUCAAAAUGGAAUUCUUAAUGCUGCAUUAGAUUAUUGUGGAGAAAACAGUUUAGAAAGAAUUAUUCGUGAAACAAAAGAAACAAAUAAUAAAUUCUCAGAAGAUUUCAUUUGGAAACUUAUAGCUUUGAUUUGCUUAGAUCUUUAUGAUCUCCAUACACAGUCUAGACCGAUAUCACACGGCAGAAUCACAACUGAUAAUGUUUUUCGUCCAAACUCAUCUUCAAUCAAAGUAGGUAUCUGUAAUUUAGAGGAUUAUGAGAGGCUGACACCUCAAGACGAUAUGUUCCAACUUGGUUGCCUAAUUUACGAACUUUUGACACUUGAGUCCUAUGACCAUGAAAUGAACAGUAGCUUCAAGGAAAGAAAACUUCAUAACUACAAUAAAGAUCUUUCAAAGUUAAUUAUUGAAUUAACUCAUUCUAAUCCAGAUAGGCGUCCAAACGUAGUAUAUGUCCUUGAAAGAUUAGAAGUUGCCGUUUACGUUCAAGAAAUCAAAUACGAAAACGCAAAAGAGAUUAAUCAAAUUUUGAAAGGCGAUAUUGAUCGUUUGCAAAUAGAAAUCGAUGAAAACAAGAAGAAACUUGCUGCAAAAAACUUGUAA